ACUACAAAUAUAUUUUGAGGUUAUGUUCUUAUCUUAACCAAUGGAAACAUAAACAAAUGGGUUAAUUUAGAAAUUGCUAACCAACGAGCUCUUGUAGAAUGAUUAGAUUACAUUUCAUUUGUACUCAUGCUUAUAAGACUAAGAUAAACAACAAUUUUAUUAUUUUAUUUAGGGCGUGGAGAUAGUUUAAUUAUCUUGUUAUAUAUUACCUCAACUAAUGAUGCAUCUUCAAGGAAAUCUUGGUAACCUAGAGCAGAUUCAAAAGCAGACAAUUAUAGUUAUUCACCCUGGUUCUCUCUAUGUACGUAUUGGUAGAGCAUCGGACUCCAACCCCCAUACUGAACUCCAUGCAAUAGCACGGAAACGUUACCCUGGUGGAUUAAAACAUUGUGACUCCAUGCUACCUCCAUUAGCACAUAUGACUGGAGAGGUGCUACAAGAGAUGGAAGACUGCAGGCUACAAGUCUCACACACUCUACAGUCAUGUCUGCAGUCAGAUGGUAGACGCCGGUAUGCCACACCUCCGCAGCAGAUAGCCGCCUUCAAUCGCAGAGUUCAGCCAGAAGUAAUCAGCUCUUCAGGAGGCGAGUGGACCAAACAAGAGGGGAAUUGUGUGAUUGGCAAUGAGGUUCUUCAUAUUAACCCAGCCCUUGACUACAAUGUUCAUUUCCCGAUAAGAAGAGGGGAGUUGAAUGUUCACUCAGGAGUGGGAGGGUCACUGACAUCUGUGCUAACAGAUCUACAAGACAUCUGGAGUUGGGUUAUUCAGUUCAAGUUAGACAUCCCUAUCAGUGAUCUUAAGCAUUACCGGGCUGUAUUGAUAGUUCCAGAUAUUUAUAACCGCCACUAUUUGAGGGAACUUAUGACUCUGCUUUUGAAUAAAAUGGGUUUUGGUAGCUGUUUCUUACUUCAGGAUCAUGUUGCUGCGACAUUUGGUGCAGGUCUGCCCUGUGCUUGUGUCAUCGACUGUGGUCACCAGAAAACAUCUGUUUCUUGUGUGGAAGAUGGGAUCAGUCAUCCAGCUACCAGGGUGAGGAUAGGGUAUGGAGGAGGAGACAUCACACAGUCACUACACUGGCUGCUACAGAAGUGUGCCUUUCCCUACAAGGGCUGUGACCCAGGCAACAACUCCCUGGACGCGUUGCUGCUGCAGAACCUUAAACAUGACUCUUGUCACAUCAACCUCGACGUUUGUGGUUGUACAGAAAGACAGUUCCUCAUCCAGCAGCCAAAGCUCACUUGCAUUUCUUACACAAUACAGAUGGCAGAUGAAUGCCUGAUUGCUCCUCUUGGUUUCUUCUCUCCAGAACUGCUAGGAGUGACAGGAGUAAAGUCGGUGGUGACACAGGAGCGUUCUACCGGAGACCCUCAGGACCCUCACGAUGCAGACUAUCUCCGGGAAACCAGUAGGCGAGGUGCAAAAGAAGUGUUGGAGCCGACACCAGAAGGAGUGAACCCUGAGAGUGGAGGUGGAGGGGGAGGGGAGGAGGAUAUAGUUGUGGAUGCUAUGUUAGAGAGUCAGCCUGGAGUAGCACCACAGCCUACUGAGUUUGUCCUUAGUCCUGGACAGCUGCUGGGCCUCGAUCAAGCGAUUCUACAGUCUAUUGACAGAUGUGGAUCAGACGAUUUAAAAAGGAAGAUGUAUUCGUCUAUUUUAAUUGUUGGAGGAGGGAUGAAGUUUCAAGGCAUCAGUACUUGGUUGCAGAAUAGAAUCGCUUUACAAAUACCUUACAUGCUACGCUCAGAACAAAUGGAUAUUGUAACUGCUCCCAAAGAAAUGGAUCCACAGAUCACUAGCUGGAUUGGAGCUUCCAUUCUGUGCUGUCUGGAGUCAGCCCAAGAACUAUGGAUCCACCCAAAAGAAUGGGAGAAGUACAGUGUCAAGAUUUUACGUGAAAGAGCUCCAUUUAUGUGGUGACGAGCCUUUUUGUGAAGAUUUUUACUUAAGGGUACAUGUUUUAUGCAAGUCUCAUAUUGCUGGAGACUAUAGUUCAUUCUAAAGUGAGAAUGUAAUUUAUCGUUCUAUUAAUUCUGAAUAUGUUCUAGAAUUGAUGUAUAAUUAAUAAAAAAAAGACCACUAUUGACCUUUUCAAUAAACUAAAUAAUAUUUUAUUUAUUUAGAUCUUGAAAGUUUGAUUCCUUGAUAUUUUAUUUUUUUACCUGUACCUGAAGUUUGAUGAUGGUUAAGUUGUACCCAUUGAACGUAGUUUACUGUUAACUCAAAUUAUUGUAAUUAUAGUGGCAAUGACUAUAGACACGAAUCUGUUGUUGAUUUAAGGAGGUAAAUGAAAAUAUUUGCAAAUUAGGUGCAAAGUGGUAAAGUGAUGACCUAUACAGAAAUGGGCAAUAUAGCCCUGUAGCUUUGAGUUUAAAACGGGUCUAUGGAAAAUAAUUUUUCAAUAAAUGGUACUAGCAAAUAUUGAUUUUUUCUCCACUUUACCUUCUGUUUAGUGCAACAUCUGAAAUCUGAUACUGUCACAGUCUUAACUCCUGAAAUCUGGAGUCCGUGUUUGUUUGAAGAGAUCCAAAAGUCAGAGAUGGAAACAUUCAAAAACAAACUCUUUGCAUUAUUUCGACAUCAAAGACAUCUACACUAAGAAAAAGAUAUCUAUCUGGUUUACCCAGAAGCCAUCCAGUGUAAUCCAAAUCAAGAGGUGCUUUUAUUGUCUCACAGGUUCACAAUUUAUUGAGUAUGAUAUUUUAGACGCAACCCUCAAGCACAAUGGAGCAACUGAGAUAUGUACACAACAGUAAAAACUCUAAUAAAUUUAUUUUCCAGAUAUUUUCAAAAGUUUUACAUGUAAAAAGUAUGAAAAUUGACAGCACACAUAGCUACAUCUGUGCAUGCUGUCUUGAGUUCUUACUUUACUAUCAAAAUUGUUUUUAAUACUACCAUAUUAUUUUGAAACAAAGAAAAACAAUUAAAUACAUAUGAUAUUAAACAGAAAAAUAUAGAAACUGCUGUAAAAAUAUAACUGGCAUACUCAGGUUUCUUCAUCUAAUGUGCAAAAAUUAUUUAUGCAAAUCAACUUUACUGAAGUAAUACAUUUCUCUAUCUUUAGAUGUUAUAUUUUUGUAUUAAUACAGUAUAAACAGUACUUGGCAUUAGCAGUUUCAGCAUGUUACUGGCCUAAUUAAUAUUGAGAUUUAUUUUUAAAAAUACAUCCUUAUUCUCUCUCUUAUAUGUGUUCACAAACUCCACAUUAUGAAAUCAGAAUCUGUGUAAUAAGCUCCUUUUGUGGUAAAAAUAUUGAUGUAAAUAAAUUUUGUAUCAAUUUU